AUUUAUUUCAUUAGUUACCAAUCGCAAUUCACGCUGCGCGCAUUGAAUUUUCGUUCUGAAAUUGAAAAUAAUUCGCUUCGAACUUCGCGUUUAGCGUUCGUACACUGUUUUUGUUCUUGUUUUUUGCGCAGUGCGUGUGUACAUGUGUGUUGUGCUUGUGUGCGCGGCGGCAAAUGCGAAAUUAAGAGCAUAAAUAAAUGCCGUCGAUUGUUUGCUAAUUAGGUAUCGCCGAAUAUCGGGAAAACGAGCGGAGAACGGGCAAAUAGGCGAAAUCUAAAUCAACAGGUGCAUUUCCAAGUGGGUUUAACCAAUCCGUGGAUCUGAAGAGGAGGAGCAGGCGUCGGUCGUUGGAGGCGCCGGCAUAGAGAACUUUUCCGAGACGCGAGCGCCCAGCGGAGCAGUCGCCACCACGACGUCGACAUCGCCACCGCCACCGCGAGCCGCGCUGCUGUCACCAGCCGAGCAUUUGGACGCCAGCGCCGACGAUCGCGGGCGUGUGUACAAGCUCCGGAAGAAGAAAUACCUGAACGCAGCGCACAUCACAUAGGGAGUCGUCGGAGGAGGAGUAGCCAGUGCGGAUUGGGUGCUAGGAAGCGGUGCUAGGAGCUAGGAUUAGGAGUUCAAAACUGGAAAAAAGCAUAAUUUAAUUCGAGGAGGAAUCUGGGAGAGAGCCAUGCCCGUACAAUCCCCAAUUGAGAUCAGCAACCGUGCCAUCGAGCACAUCGACGAUGUGGAUCCACUGGAGUACCAUGGCCACUGGGAGCCGGUGGGCGUGGCCCGGGUACAGAACACAGGCACCUCCGCAAUGGUCACUUUCAGCAAGCGAAAGCAGCAACCAUACAUAAUCGGAGGUGCCCUGGAACAGGACAUGUACGUGUUCGAGCAGCUGCACUUUCACUGGUCGGACUGCGAUGAAUCCGGCUGCGAGCAUACGCUGGAGGGCAUGAAGUACUCAAUGGAGGCCCAUGCCGUUCACUACAACUCAAAGUACAAGGAUUUCGCGGAGGCCAAGAACAAGCCCGAUGGCCUGGCCGUCGUCGCUUUCUUUAUUCAGGCCUGCGGCGAAAAGGACUGUCCCGAGUUCAAGAAGAUCACCGAGGGCAUCCGCAUCGUUCAGAAGAUCCACACGAGUGCAUCGCUGGAUUCCGAUUGCCUAUCGUGGAUUGGACUGCAGGAGCUGAGCAAACAUUAUUACACGUACAAGGGCUCGCUGACAACGGCGCCGUACUUUGAAAGUGUCACCUGGAUCAUUUACCGCACCCCCAUCUACGUGUCGCGCGGCCAGGUUCAGGUGUUUCGCAAUUUGCAAUCGUGUCCCAAAGAUGAGUCCAAAAAGAUAGUCAACAAUUAUCGCGAGAUCCAGCGUCCGCACAAGGAUCCGGAAAUCUUCUUUGCCCGCAACACCAAUCCAAAGUCCAAGUUAUGAUGUGCUUGCCAUAUGACUUGGGGAGUACUCUCUCGAUAAUCCACAAUUCCCGCUGCUGACUUUCCCUUCCCAUCCUUCCGCGCAAUUUCCUCCGCCCAAUCGCCUGUGAAAGUGUCUCCUAUCUAAACUAUUGCUAUAUGUAAACUUUUAUCUGUCUAUGAUUGUCUGUAAGCUGCUUUUGUUAUUUGCCUCAUGUACAUAGCGUUAUAUACCUAACAAGCAUACAUAUACAUAUAUAUACGGAGUAUUUACGAUACGGUUACGUGUAUGGAAUCAUUUUAGUCGGAACACGCGGUUGCCUUGCAUUGAAUAUUUCAGAGAAAUAUCGGGCACAACUACUUAAGACAUCUACAAGAGACGUAAUCCUAACGUUUAAGUUAUUUAGAUAAACAGUGAAAGCGAGAAAAUAGGAAAACAAGAACAGCAAACCAACACAUUUUGUAUGUCAAAACUGAAUUUAUUAAACAUCUAAUUAAACAUGUAUAAAAGUAUCAAAGAGUCA